UGACACAACAGUUCAGCGUCUUCCAAACGCGCCAAAGACCGGUCGGCAGGAGAGGCUGCAAGUGUUAGCACUGCAACACGUAAGAUAACGCAGUAAAUGGUCAAAAAGUCUAGUGACCAUCGACCCUGUCAAGUGUUUUCAUUGGGUGUAAUGUAACUUUUGUAUCAGAGUGUCUCUAGUAAUUGCACUAAAGCAACAUGCAACUCUGGCUUGCAUCACUUUGCCCGCAGCCGGUUAAAGAAGAUAAGCGGUGACCAAUUAGUUAAGAGGUCGGUUCAGCUACGGGGCGAAUCGACGUAAUCCCGUGGACCGGUGGGAAUGCAAUUUCUUCGUGACAGUCUCUCGCUUUCAUUCACCAGCCAGCAAGGAAGCAGCCGAGCACCUGGUGGCGAAAAUGGCGAAACACGGAACGGUGAACCGUCUCCGACGGCUUCGCAUGCCAGCAACGACUCGAAGUACGACACGGUCCGAUCGAAGGCUGCGAUCAAUCUGGGCAGCCCACCGUCCGCGUACAGCACACCAUUCCAAAGUCCGAUCAUCCCUAGUCGGACCUUUCCGACGAUAAGUGGAGCGGCAACGACGCUGGGUGCUGGCCCGGCAAGAGGAAGUGUGGCAGGUUCUGUGAACGGUGGAAAAACGAAUAGAGGCAGUAAAGUGUACUUCAUCGAUCCGGGACAAUUGCCUCCGGAAUAUGAACUGCCGGAGCGGCCUUUGCAUAGUGAUGGUGGUGUCGUGAAUCCUGCCUUCGCCAACGACAGUGGAGCUACGGUGAUCACUGUUCCCGGAUCACAACCGAGCGUUAUCAGAGAGCAAUACUGGACCUGGUCAUGCCGGUGUAGACAUGAGUUUACCCCACGAGAGAAGGUCCUUGUGAUAGUGAUCUUUGUUCUGGUGCUGAUCAUUGGAGGACUUGCGGCGUAUCUUGGUAUUGUGAUAGACAGUGAUGAUGGUCUUCCAGGUGGCAUCUUAACGAACGGGAUGCUGAUGCCUGCAGCUCAUCUGUAAAGAACCCCCCGUUGCGGUUGUCGCUCGUGAUGGUCAUAAAAAGGAUUGUGGUGUAACAUUGAGACAACAGGAGUAAAAGUUCUUAAUCCCUAAAGGCCAAAUAUAGCAUAGAAUUAAAGUAAGAUUGUGUAAUUUCGAUCACGAAAACGUACCAUAGACGUUGCGUCGCGAAUAUGUUUAGCGUAAUAGUAUUUUCGUAUGUGUGACAAAUUUUGUCAAAUAUUUCACUGCAAGCAGCGCUUACAUUUUAAAUACCUGUACUCUCUUCAAAAGACAACAGAUAAA